AAUCACGUGGAGACAAGGACAAAGAUAAGUAAAAAGGACGAAGAAGUGAAGACGCCAUGGCCGCCAAGACACACCUGUCCAUUUUUCACGAGUCGACCAACGAACGCCUGGGUCACCGUCCGCCUGAGAUGUACGAGUCAUACAUGCACACCAUCAUCUGCGGCAUCAUGAUGAUCUUCAGCGUCGUCUGCGUCAUCGUCAUCGCCUACAUAGCCGUGAGCCACCAGAAGCACAAGUCACCGCUGCUGAAGAAUCGAGAAGUUACAGGGAACGUCACCAAUCCACCCUCGGAGAUGGCGGCACGCCAGGCCUUGCAGUCACGUCGUCAUCCCGCUUGCAGUCAGCCCAUGUACUUCCGCUGCCUCAACGGCUCGGACUACGAUCGUGGCGAGUGGAUCUUCGUCCAGCGGGAAAGAGACUCGUCUCAGCCGGGCCAGGGUUCGUGUCGGCGCUGGCAGCCAGAGAAGGUCUGCACCCGGGACUCGCCGGCACACUUCCGCAAGCGCCGGGACUGCGUACAGACCUGCGAGUUGCGCAGGGACAAGCGCUGCCUGACACUGGUCACGGAGCGAUUCCUGCGGCCCUGCUCCAGCUCGUCGCACGACAACCCGCGCCGGUUCUGGUACUACGACCGCGUGCAGCGCGCCUGCGCCCGGUGGGCGCCCGCCAUUUUGUGCGCCUACAACGCCUUCCGCUCGGUCGGCCACUGCAAGAUAAUCUGCCUGGUGCCGCACCACGGCGACUGACGCCCUGCGGAAACGUCAAAUGACAUCCUGUUGCAUCUAUAAGGCUAUAAGACACGUCGGAGAAUAUACGAUUACUAUACGUUGAUUAUUUUACGUUGAAAUCCCAGAGUAGUCGGCUAUACGAACACGCCGUUCGCGCUGCGAUGGAAGCGGACAGUUUAACGAAGCAAAUAGAGUCUCUUAACUGUUGUUUUCCUUGGCAUAGACUUUCCUUGUGUUUUUGUGUGCGGACAUUAAACGGUAUUUC